AUGUAAACAUGGCGCACGGUGACUUCAGCUGCUGUGCGUCGCCUGCUGCAGAUGUUAUUGCUCAUGCACUGGCCAAUCAAGUAAACCAUAACGACAUUCAGUCGAUUAUACAAUGCCAGAAGCAAGUGCUUGGAAGACUUGAAAAGACAAAUGAGAUGUUGAUAAAUUGCAACGCGCUCUCUGCAACCCGCUUCGCCGUUGCUAGCCAAGACCUGAAAAAGCACACGCAGCUUCUCUUUGAUCUCAAGAAAGACUUGGAUUCUGUCUUCAAGAGAAUUAGGUUCUUAAAGAUGAAACUGGCACAGCAGUACCCAGCAGCAUUCUCAGCUUGCAACACGGUGUUUUAUGCUGUCGAUGAAGAAGAUGAGCCCGAAGAGAGGCAUCCACCCCCCAAAGCCCAGGCAGAGAAAUUGGUCGAUGCCACGGAGAAACAGAAGCACAUUAGUGGUCAACAACUACAGGACUCUCUGUCUGGCUCUUCACCACAAAGCUCAGUCACUUCAUAGAACUGUGAAAACUCCUAGGCAAAGAAUGGACAAUGAUUUUGCACCUCCUACAGCUUGUUGUGUAAAGGCUGUUGCAUGUGAUAAAUCCAAGGGGGCUUUGAGCAUAGCCCUUGCCAAAACAAGAAGGCAGGAUGCAUAGUGCAGACGAACCAAUUUUGUACAUAUAUUAUGCAUGAAUGGUUCUUUGUGUAUAGUGUGAAUAGCUUUAUUGUGCUAGUACAAGUGCAAAGAAUUGGCCUUGACAAGACCGCUGGCAUGGUUUAUCAUGUUCGCUGGUCAGGCAACUUAUCCGUCUCAAUUAAUGAUGGGGCUAAGUAAGUGGCAUGUAAUUUCAGUCUAGAAUGCUGAGGAACAACAUGCUUUCUCAAAGCUACUUUUACACAAAUACUCUUUGUUUCAUUAGCUCCAGGGAUAUUAUUUAACAUUUUAAAUUUCUGUAUUGUUUCUUAAGAUUCACAUAAUGACCUGGCAAAAACCUCUUUAUGUAAGAGACAUUGUGUACCUACACCUAGCUUAAUUGUGUUAUAGUUCUUGUAAUCUUGCAGAGCCAUUAUUUGGCUAUCGAUCCUGCACUAAUUUCAAAAUGUGGUCUAAUGGCUAAGGUAUCCGGUUGCUGACUUGCAGGUCGUGAAAUCAAAUCCCGGCUGCGGCAACUGCAUUUUCGAUGGAGGCAAAAAUGCUGCAGGCCAAGUGCUCAGAUUUGUGUGCACGUUGAAGAACGCCAGGUGGUCAGAUUUUCUGGAGCCUUCCACUAUGGCGUCUCUCAUAAUCAUAUGGUGGUUUUGGGACGUUAAACCCCACCUAUCAUAAAUUUCUAAUUGUAAGGGCAGAUCUUUAUAGAAUGCCCAUGCACUGCGGCUUGCUUAAAAUAUUAUAAUGUAGUAUUGAUGUGUUCACCAAAACUUUCUUUCUUCUUUCUAUUAUUUGUUAUACUGUUACAUUGUAACAAAAACUUAAUUUUUGUUUGCUUUGUGUCAAGUCCUAAUGCUAUUGCGAAAUCAGAUAGUACCUGAGAUAUUGCAACCUCUAGCUUUGAAUUGUUCUGCCACAUGUUUGCCUACACCUUUGAAUUUGCCACCGAUCGACUCUCAGCGCAAUUUCACUGAUGCCAGUAAAGUACGGCACUACCUUUGAGACAGAACACACAAAGCUUCUCCGAGGAUUUAUAGCUCGAAACGGGUACACUCUGCCUCUGAGCUCCAGAGUAUACAGUGGCUUCUUGUUCAACAUAAAUGUAAUUUUUUUACGCACAUGUCGGUGGAUAGGUACAGGGUUCAGGAGGCUAAAAUUACCUGCAGGAAACGUGCCGUCCCUGUGACAGGUCCAGUUAAUCUCUGAGGAAAGAACCAAAUAGGACCCAAAACAUUGGGACUAGGCUAAACCUUGGCUGGUGCCAGUUUAUCUUUGGGAUUUUUCUCUAGCUCCAAUCUCUCUUUGACAUCGUAUAAUUUGCUGUAAAUGCUGUGCACUUAUGCAAGACCAUAUUAAAUGAAGGCAUGGCAGCAGAAUUUGCUUGCUAAUUAUAUGCAUAGUGCACCCAAUAUUUGUGGCGGCACCUACCCUGACUGCAAGCAACUGGUACAUAAUGAACGAAGUGACACAAUUUCUUAACAUGUACAAGUGGAGAAAAGAAACUAAAUCAGUACAUGUUAUGUAUGAAGUGCAAUGUUUCAGGAGACGAUAAAAGAUUAUGCAUGAAUCACAAGUCUUAGUGCUUUAGGUUGUGGUUAAGGCUGCUUACAAAUCCAUUAUGAUCUGCAAUACUUGCACAAAGAUUCCUUUUUGUGCAGUUGUGAGUGGUAGAGAUAAAAGAUAAGUGUGAAACAUAUUCUAUUGUAAGCUAUUGUGUGAGUGAAACAAGACAUUUCUUCAAUCAAUCAAUGUGGCCAGGGGCAGGAAAUAAUGAUUAUAUGUGUGGCUGCUAAGAAAUGUGAUGCAAGAACAACAGAAUAGCAUUGUGAAAGUGCCCGUGGAAAAGUUUUGAGUUGUAUUGCAAAAAUGUGAUAUUAAAGGAUAUUCAAAAAGCAAAA